AUGUCAGAAGAGGAGGCUGUUUUCCAAUCUUAAUAAAUGGACCAAAGAAUUGACAUAAAUUUUAAAGAUGAAGAUGAGAAAUUAAUAUUAAUAGAAAUCAACCCACAAAUGGUUUCAAAAGAAUUACAACCUCAAUUUCAAUUAUUGAACAAAAUAAUUAUCAGAUAUUUGAAUUAUGCUCUAUAACCUUGUUUAGAAAUUGAGUAUAGAAGAAAUGAAUUAAAAAUUUCAUCUUAUAAAGCAGUUGUUAAACUAGAUGAUAAAAGAGUUGUGAUGUUUACAAAUAGUAACAAUCAACUAAUAGACACUUAAGGAAUUUGGAUAAGUUUAAAUAAAAAAACUUUAGAUUUAAGAAUAGGAUAUGGAGAAGCUAGGGUGGAAACACAAGUAAGUCAUUACAAAAUGGAUUCAGUCUAGUAAUAUAUUCAAUAAAUUACGUCAGUUAUAAUUUGGUAAGAAUCAAUUCCUUAGCAGAUUUUACCUUUUUUAAUGUAAUGUUAGAAAGGUUAGAUUAGGCCAAUAAGAAUUCAUUCUAAAGAUCACUAUAUAGCAUAAUUAAGUGAGGUAAUCUUACAAAAGUGCCAAAAUAUCCUUGAAUUACAUUAAGGUAGAUAAGCUUUACAUUUAUCUACUGAAAUAGAUAAUUUAUAUCAAUCUGUAUAGAAAGUAGAAUUGUAAUAAAUUGAAUAAUUGGAAUCUCCUCAAUAUCUAUAAAAGGGGGCUAAAUUUAAUUUAGGAGAGUUGAUUCAUCAUAGUGUAGCAAUAGAAGGCUGUAAAUUAAACUAGAUACUUAAAAAGAAAUAGGCAGCUAAUGAAAAAUCUGGGUUUGAUCCUUAUAUGACAUAUCUUAGAUUAGGACUAGGACAUUUUAAUAAAGAUUCAGCAGGACAUUAAUUUGUCUUAGAGAUUUGGCCAUUUAAACAUUAUUCAACUAUUCAUGAUCAUGCAGGAUAGUACGGAUUAGUUAAGAUAUUAUAAGGUGUGAUUGAUGUGAAUAUCUAUGCAAUAUUAUCUAAUGCUAAACAUUUAAUGGAUCCUAUUAAAACACUUACAUGUAAUAAACAUGAUAUGACAUGGUUGGCUCCUAGAGUUAAUUAAGUUCAUUAACUUAGAAACUUUUAUCCAUAAACAGCUAUAACUUUAUAAUGUUAUAAAUAUUCUUAGAAAACUUAAAAUAAAAUGAAGUAAUUUAAUUAUGUUGUAAAUGAAUAAUAUAAAGGUUUUAAUCCUCUUUCAGAUUUUGCAGACUUAGAAUUACAUGAUAUUUUUAAUGAUUUAGUCCAAGAAUACUCAAAUCUUCACAAAUAGAAAAAUAUUUGA